UAAACGUACCUGUCCGUGAAGAUUGGUAAAAACGAAGCAGCAGAGUAUCAGAGUCAACCGGAGAUGCUCCGUCAUGGUCAUCAUUUCUCCGUCUUCGCCUUCGAAUUUUGAAGUACAGAGAAUGAAGCGAUUCUCCUCCGUCGCCGAAUGGAAGGAGGCGACAGUUUUGGCCUCAGGUUCCGUUUCCGACGACUCUGUUUAAAGACGAAGGAGGGACUCCAACCUCAUAUUUUCCAGAAAGGGAUAUCGAAAUAGAGAUAGUAGAAGUCUGUCUCCCAUGGAGAAGAGGUUGCGUUCAUCUCUUGAAUCCUCGGCGGGAGAAUUCGUCUCCUCUGCUGUAAAACUAAGCCUCAAGUCAUCAAAGCACGCGCUCAAAACCCUAAUUCAUGGCGUAAAGUCUUCUUCAGAUCUUUCCUCCUCUAUUCCUCUAGCCCUCCUACUUUCUGUUUCUCGUGCAAUUGAAACUUUUCGGAAUAUUCUAGGCACCAGUUUCACGAACUCUAAUCCACAAUUCAACUCUAGUCCCUCCAAGUCCCCGCAGUCUCCUCCCACUAAACGUCUGCGACGAUCUUUGCGCCAUUCCAAAACUCGGGAAUUUGAAGAUUUAGAAAGUUGUGAAUCCAAUUCGAACUUACGAAAGGAGAAAGUUCUGGCAGAGCUCGAAAUUUUGUCGUACCUUGUGUUCUUGUGCAUUUCGCACCCUAAAAGAGUAUUUUCUCUGAUCGAUUUACUGCCGUGCGCUCGGGAGUUGCACGAUAAUUUGGUUAUAUUAGAGUCGAAUUCCGUAUUGUCAACGGAGAUUGCAAAUUUGUGCGAGGAAUGGUGGAAGGAGGACUUGCCGGGGCGAGAAUCACUGAUCUCUCUGUCCCUCCCUUUCUUGCUCUCUAGAUCGUUGACGCUAAAGAAGAAGGGGGAUGUGCACAAGGUUUAUAUGCUUCGUGAGGCAUUUUCCUUGUUUGAUUUUGAAGACGAGAGCAUCAAAGAUUUGAAACUUUUGCUAAUUCGUUGCGUUAUUUCACCUCUGUAUUUGAAAACCGAGGAUGGUCGUCGGUUCCUGGCAUAUACUUUUGGUUUAAGUCGGCAGCUACUGAAGGAAGCGUUGGCAAUUAUCCGAUCCCAAAUUCCAUUUGGAAGAAAAUCUAUGUUGGAGGGGUACGGAGACAUCGUGUUUCGUGCUUGGCGGAAUUCUGAAGGAGAUAUAAGAGAUGAAAUGGAAAAUGGUUUUUUGCAGGGUCUGGUGGAGGGUGCCAUACAUGCGAGCACAAGUGCGUUUAGUGCUUCGAUUAGAAGGGUUUUAGGAGCGUUUGUAGACCAGCGAACUGUCGACGGUGUUGAGAAGCUUCUUUUCCGUCUAACUGAGCCUGUGAUAUUUCGAUCGCUGCAGGUUGCAAAUUCAAAUGUUCGUCAAAACUCAUUGCACCUACUUUUGGAUGUGUUUCCUCUGGAAAACCCAGAUGCUACAAAAGAGCUGAAGGACACAUUGCUCGAGAAACAGUUCUUUUUAAUAGAGAAGCUUCUCAUGGAUGAAUGUUCUGAUGUGAGAGUCGUAGCAGUUGAAGGUUGUUGUCGCAUUCUUUAUUUAUUUUGGGAAAUAAUCCCUUCAUCGACCAUCACAAAGAUCAUUACCAAAAUUUUUGAUGAAAUGUCGCGUGAUAUAUCCAAUGAAGUCAGGCUUUCAACAUUGAAUGGCAUAAUCUAUUUGUUUGGAAACCCUCAAUCCCAUGAGAUUCUUAAAGUGAUCUUACCAAGGUUGGGGCAUUUGAUGCUGGACAAUGCGCUUUCGGUAAGAGUAGCUCUAGCAGAUAUCCUCCUCCUUAUCAGGGAUGUUCGUGAUUUCCAGUUUAAUAAGGUGGUCAGUUUAGAUGUAUUGUUAACGGCACUCGCACAUGAUCAACCCAUUAUUAGCCAGAAAAUUACUAGAUUGCUGAUACCAUCGUAUUUUCCCACCAAAGUAUCAAUUGAAGAGGCAUGCAGUCGCUGCAUAACACUUAUAAAGCGGUCUCCCAUGGCUGGAGCAAGAUUUUGUGAAUUUGCUGCGUCAGAAGGGGCAUCUCUUAAGUCAAUUAAGGAGCUUGUUCAAGCAUUAAUCAAUUUGGUUUCGUCCUCUGCCAAGCUGGAUGAAAAUUACAUUGAUGGCUUACUUCUUUCAGCCAAAUACCUCUGCAGCAGCAUUUCUAGUGAACUUUGUUAUAAGAACGAUCUCAAAGAUUUGUUCACCGGUGAAAAAUUGAAGUGCUUGCUCUCUGUAGCACAUUCUGGGCGUGCACGAUCUUCUUUAUUCGACAUUGUGUCCAUGUUCUCUCCCGAUGGUCUUACGGAUCUCCUCGAGGAGUGUAUGCAAUUAAUUACCAACUGUAGUGGUUUGUCGGGUGACUUAGCAAAGCAAGCUGAAGUGAGGUCUGGCCAUAAGUUUUUCCAGGCUUGUGAUGCACUGGAUGUUAUGUUCGAAGCCAUGACAUUGUUACUACAGAAAUCUGCUUAUCGUUGUCACAUUAGAUUUGGUACUGAGAUACCAAAGUUGAGUGUUUCCCCUGCAAAGAGAAAGAGAUGCAAAUUAUCAGGGAAAGUACUAUCUAAAUUAAAGCGUUUUGGUGGAAAAAAGUGUCUGAGCUUUGAAGGCGACUACCUUGUUGCAGUAGGAAUAUCGUGGCAAGUUAAAGAUUUGGUUUCAGAUGAAAAAAUGAAGAGUGCUUUAUUGAGUUCUCAGACUAUAGAGACCAUAUAUCUUACUUUAAAAGUUAUCUGUGAAGUAAGUAUUGUGGAAUGCGUUGAUUAUGAGUUUAUGGAUGUAUCUCCCGUUCUAGCAUAUACAUCUCUUGCUUUGCACAUGGCGCUAAAGAAGUGUUGCAGCAAAAAUAGUACGAGUAAUAGUGGAACCAAGAACAAAAUUGUGACAGAUUCUUCUAGUUCAGAGGCAAUAUUGGAGCAGACGCUUGAUCACUUGCUUAACUGCGUUAAGAAACUGUACGAGUCAGAGGACCCUAGAAAACCUGAUGAAGUUAAGCGAGGUGUCAGAAAAUUGUCUCAACAUGUAGAAAAAAAGCUGAAGGAAUCUGGGAGAAAUCAAUCUCACCCUCUUGAGGGAGGAUGUGUUGAUCCUUUAAAAAAGACGUUGAAGCAGGGGAAGAACCUUACAGCUAUCCUCAAGUUCAUUGUUGAUUCUAUUUCCAUGGGCUUUCUUUCAGAAAAGUAUGAAUUGUGCUUGAAAUUUGCUUCAGAGUAUAUGCAACUCGUCACGUCGAUUUUAGGCCAACAAGUUUAUAAAGAUAUUCAGUUCGAGAUGGAAACGAAAGAAUUUUUCCUCUGUCUAAAGUGCUCAUUAACCUAUGCUGCCAAGUUAUUGAAUCAAGUGUUAAGACAUGUGAAAGAUUCAUCGUUGACGCAGAUUCCUAUUCUUGGCCAUAAUUUGCUUGAUUUGAUAGCCUUAGUUGAAGUACAUUUGGGGUCUGGUUAUGCAGCACGUCUUGUUGCGGUGGCAAAGUCUUGGCUUCCUGAUCUGAUUUUGGCUUUAGGAGCUGGUUGCAUAAUAAAACCUGUUGAAGGAGAGGAGGCGCACAUCUACUUCUUUGAGCAAGCCAAAAUUAAUUUUCCCCCAUGGUUAUCAAUGGUUGCAAAGAUCGAACUUCUCGAUUUGAAUGAAGAUUCUACCGAGGAGGACGAUGACAGAUCUCUAGACCAACAUAAAUUUUCCAUAUUUAAGAAAUUUCUGAAGAUGGCUAUCACAUUUUUAGAAAGAGAUCACCAGAUCUUGGAUGCAGUUGGAGCGAUUUUUAUGAUUGGCUCAGAAAUUGGGUUGGAAACAAAGGACUUUGGGCUGGUAUUGGGACUUCUACAGUUCGUGUGCCGAAGCCUGUAUAGUGCUGACGACAGAGAGUGGGGUGAUAUUAUGUUGGCUUCUUUGCAGCGUUGUUACCCUCAGAUAGAGAAAGAAUUAACACAAUGUAAUGGAGAUGAACGUCAUCAGUUGGAUAGGGCAAAGGCUUUGCUUGAACCCAUAUGGUUGUACCAUAUUUUCGAAACUGGUAAAGUUUUCGAUGAUGAAUGAGUAGACAAACCUUAUGUUAUUACAGUACCGAAUGUUAUUUAUCUUUUAGUUUUCCUGGAAGAAGCAUACCUUUACUAGUGAACCCGAGCAUGGCUAAAAUCAAUAGGCUUUCCAAGGAUAAGUUUGUUAAUUAUAGAUCUAAGUAAAGGAUAUUGGGAUAGGAAAGAAAGGGCAGCCUGCACACCCCAUGAGCAGACUCGUGCUCUUUGACAGACAAAAGACUAUUCAAGUGGGUGGGGGGUAUUCCACAGUUCAUAACAGAAGUGGGAAAAGGAAAAAGAAAAAUGAGAGCCAGUUUUGAAUGUCGUGGUGAGGAGAUUAUUGGUUCGGCCCUAUGAAAAGAAAACUGAAAAGUAACAAUUGUUCAUCCAUGGGAAACGGCAGCUUUAAGGCCACGGCAUGGACCUGCUCACAUCAACUUUUAUAGAAUGUGUUGGUGUUGGUGUUGUAAGGGAAGAGACUUGUAGUGUCAACGGUGAGAUUUUAGGCCACAAUGAAAUAAAGUUAGCCUGUAUUUACUCUGGCUGGUAAGUUUAUUGAAAUGACGCAUCACAUUCUCACGCUCCUCGCAAGAUACACGGCUAGUUCAAAUGAGAAAGACCAGCCAGAAAGUACUUGAAAGUUGAAACUGAACUCAGGUACUAUAAACGUAGCCUUAUCUUUAUACGCACUCAUGUUUUUGUUUCUGUAUUUUGUAAUUUUAAAGCGAAUCAUUCACCUUCUGUGGGCCAAAAGUAGCAUCACUGGGAAAGAGCUUUUUUCUUUUUUUUCUUUUUUUUCCAUUAGUGGGGGCCAUAAUUAGAAAAGUAAGAAAACUGAUGGGUGGCUUAAAUAAAGAACACCCUCCUCCCUCCCUCCCUCCCUCCCUCUGUCAAAUCCCAUAUGAAAAAUCUUAGACUUUUGAAAAGUUUCCUCAGGAAUUUAGAGAGAGAGAAAGAAAGUGGGCAUUGAAAGUCAGCAUGAGGAGGCCACUACACAGCCCAUUUGUGCCACUAAUGAGCGAAUAUCUCAGCGGCCGUCCUAAGAUUCUGAGUGGCCUCCUCAGGCUCGAAGUUCUAUUCCCAAAACCCAAUGCCUUCUUUUCCCUCCUCUUCUAAGUUUUUUUUUUCUCUCUUUACUUUCUAUUAUCUAUCUAAUCUCCAACUUAACCAAUUUGAUAUCAUUCAAAUUUAGUUGCUUAUUAAUGCCA